AUGCAGUCAAAGAUCUCUUUCGCUCAGAUCCAGGAGCUAGAACUGCAGCUCGGAUCAAACGUUUUUAAACAGGGCUCUUGUGAAUUUAGCACGAGCACCAAGAGGUGGUCCAGUGUUGGAAAUCAAACACCGGGAGUGGUUAUCAUACCAGAGACGGCAGAUCACAUAGCAAGAACUGUGAUUUUCGUAAAGAAAAACCAAAUCGACUUUGCCGUCAAAGGUGGCGGUCAUUCAACAGACACCUCCGCGUCGACUGACGGGGGUAUUUUACUUGAUCUCUGCCGCCUCAACCGAGUGACCGUGUUCCCUGAAACAAAGACGUUGGCUGUAGAGGGAGGGGCAUUGUGGAAUGAUGCAAACGAGGCAGCUGCUAUACAUGAUCUAGCUGUAGUUGGAGGAACAGUCAGCCAAACUGGAGUAGGAGGGCUUACGCUUCGGGGGGCGAAAGUAAUCACAUCCGAUGGAUCUAUACUGAAUGUUUCCGCGACAGAAAAUCCAGACCUCUUCUGGGCUCUUCGCGGAGCUGGUCAAAACUUUGCCAUCGUGGUCGAAUUUGUAUUCCAAGGAUAUUCGCAACAUAACGAGGUGUGGAAUGGUACCAUAACUUACCAUCCAAAUCAACUUGUAGAAGUUGUUCAGGCCCUCAAUUCUGCUCUUUUCCAUGUGGAUGGAAAAGCUGCAGCACAAUGCGUUUUCUCACUGUCACCUGAUAAUCAAGAACCUCUCAUCACAACUGUAUUAUUCUUCAACGGUUCCGAAAAAGAAGGCAGGCACCAUUUCCAGAUGCUGCUCAGCAUAGCUUGCAUCGAAGAAAGUAUGCAGGCGAAGCCUUACUUGGAAGCAAAUACGCUACUUAACGCGUUGGUGCCUCCCGGAGGUCCAAAAAAAUUGCUAGGGGUCCAGUUGUCUACACCACUCAGAGCUGAGUUUGCCUCCUCGCUCUUAGAGGCCAUUACAACGAAAUUAAAAAAUGAACCUGAUCUACGUCAAAGUUGUCUCGAGCUUGAUUUCUUCGAUCCUACGCGAAUUUGCAAGACCUCUGUGACAGACACCGCAUUCCCUAGACGUGAUGACUGUUUGAACGGAGCAUUGAUUCUGCAGUGGAAAAAUUCCGCCAACGAUUCUGAAUACAUUUCCUGGGGCGAGACUAUUCAAAUGAUGUGCGUGGAUGAAAUGGAGAGAACAAAAAACGAAUAUCCAUCAUUCGUGUCGAACUUCGUUGGAUAUACGAAAGAUGACGGUAAGACGCCUAAAGAAAUGUUUGGUGUCAAUGCCGAUCGACUACUUUCCAUUAAAAGAAAGUUUGACCCGGAUAACCUCUUUUGCAAUCUGAAUCCGCUGAUAUUAUCUUUGAGGGAAUCUGAGUAG